AAAGACAAGUUUUAAACCUUCUGACCAAUGCCCUAUUGAUACAGAGUUAUGGACAUUCUUAUGAAUUCUUUACUGAGAGCAAGACAUUGCCACAAAGUUCAAAACGAGAAGUUUUAACAAAAACCAACCCAUCUUUUUUGAAGAUAACCAAUUUAGAAGAAAAAAGCAGCGGUUGACUAUAUGAGGACAUCAUAAUCAAGUCUACUUCGAAAUCUAAUACCCUGAGUAAGACAAGUUCGUUUUCAUUGAAAUAUUCACGACGAUUUAAUAACUAUCAAUUCUGCCUAUAGGCAAAAUUUCAGAUUGAAACUCUUUGUUUGGGACUUUUCGACAAUGCUUUGUUCUCAGUAAAAAAUUCAUUAAAAUGUCCAUAACUCUUCACCAAUGGGUUAUGGAUCCGAAUGUUUUUGAAGCUUGUUUUGGUCUCGCCGAGACCUCCUCGUCGCCAUAAUAUGAAGUCGAACGACGUCCGACAGUUCGAUAUGUUCCUUAGUAAGACCGAAGAAAUAGUUUUAAAAAAUAAAAAACAGCGCUUUUUUUCUCGUCAUAACAUUAACCAUAUAUCGGAGACGACAGAGUCAUAAGCACGAAUACUUUCAAGGUUUUCUUAGUCUUAAAGAAACUUACUUUUAGUAGACAGCUCGAGUAUCGUACUUCGCUGAUAAAAUAUGAGUCUACUUUGAACAUAUCUUAUUUGGUCACAAAAUCUAUCAAACAAACUCUUUUUUUUCUAGGCUACUGGUGAUCCACAUUAUCUUGAAGUUGGUAAAACAAUCUUAACUAAUUUAGAAGAACAUGCUCGUGUACCAUGUGGUUAUGCUGCUUUAUCCGAUGUUUCUACCGGUCAAAAAGAAGAUCGCAUGGAUUCAUUUGUAUUAGCUGAAACAUUUAAAUAUCUUUAUUUAUUAUUUGAUUCAAUUCCACAUCGUUAUAUUGAUAUUGAUCAAUUUAUAUUUACAACUGAAGCACAUCUUCUUCCAUUGAAUAUUUUAUUAUUUAAUAUAAAUGAUACAUUAAAAACACAAUUUGAUCAAAUAACUUUAAAAUCAGCACAACUUUAUGAACAAAAAAAUCUUUCAAUAAAUAAAAAACAAUAUGAAAGAAAAGCUAAAAUGAAUCAAUGUCCAGCUAUGGAUGAACAAUUUAAAUCACAUCAAUAUAAAAAAGAAUUACGUGAAAAUAUUCGUGGUGAUCAAGAUAUGACAGAAACAAUAACAACAUCAUCGAAAAAUAUUCAAAAACAAUCGAAAAAUAUAUCUCAUUAUCAUUUAACGGCUAUGGAAUUUUCCGCUGAUAAUCCUCAGCAUAUAUCUGAACUUAAACAAAUGGGUAUUCAAAUUCAAUAUUUGAUUGAUGGUCAAGUUCAAUUAGCUCAUAUGGCAUCAAGUGCUGAAUCAAUUGAUGAUGCUGAAAAUGGUUUAAUAUUUAUGCAAGAUAUGAUUGAAUUAAUAAAAGAAACGAAUACGUUUGAAAAUUCUCUCACUCAUCAUAUACCAUUAAAUGUCAUACCAUUAAUAAUUUCAUCAUUAGAAAACCCAUUUAGUUUUAAUGUUGCUCCUGCUCAAUUUGGUAAACAAUUACAUGAUACUCAAGGAAUAUUUGCUCAAUUAUAUGUUGUUGAACCAUUUUCUGCUUGUUCAGAAAUAUUAUUUUCUCAUUAUGUUUAUUCACGUAUUGGUAUUGUUCGUCGGGGUGAUUGUAUGUUUAUUGAAAAAGCUCGUUAUUUAGAAAAUGCUCAAGCUAUUGCUGGUAUUGUUAUUGAUAAUAAUAUGUCAUUAAAUUCUUCAAAUGGUGCAAUAUUUUCUAUGUCUGGUGAUGGUCAAACUAAUGUAAAUAUUCCACUUGUUUUAAUGUUUAAAGAUGAAGCAGAUCAAUUAUUAUAUCUUUUAUCAAUACAACCAAAAUUAAUUGUAUAUAUUGGAGAAGAAUAUCGUUUAAUGGAUAGUUUUUAUGAACAAACCGACUAUUUAGAAAGUUUAAUAGAACCAUUUAAUCAAAUAACAAACAAAUGGAUUUAUGGACAAAUGGAAUUGUUUAAAAAAAAUAAACAAUGUUCUGUUGUACCAAAUAAUUUAAAAGAAUUAGAAUUAACAAUUAAACAAGUUGAAUAUCGUUUUCAAAAAAAUUAUGAGCAAUUAUCUAAUCUUGAUUUAACUACUUUCGAUUCCAAUAAUCAAUUAAAUAGUAUGGAGGAUAUUGCUCAGCCUACAGAAUUCGAUCAACUACUUCAGGAAGUCAUUUCUAUUAGUCAACAAUCAUUAAAUUUUAAUACGACUACUAAUACACAAGAAAAACAAAUCAAUCAAUUUAUUAAAAUAAACGAAACAGAUGAAGAAAAAAACAAUGAUGGAUAA